AUGGGAAGUAAUAUAGACAUUUUGACCAAAUAUAAAAAUCUCAAGAGCCCUGCAAUCCCGACCUGUCUAAAAGUAUGCGGAGAAGAGUUGCUUAACAGGGUGAAAGCAGGUCAAUUCCGUGUACUCCCUUCAUGUUGGUCAAGUCUGCUCAUUAGUGCAACCGAAUUAAGACAGAACAAUCUGACGGAUUUGCAAAAUUUCUUGGACGAGUUUGGCUCGGACAACAAAUUUAUAUCAGGUUUGACAGAGAACUAUCGAAACUUAUCGGAAUGUAUUGGUUUACCGACACAGAAAAUCUUUGCGGCAUUCUGGGAAUUUCUGACGCGUUGCCAACAGAGUUUAAACGUACAAAUCUCCUAUCCGUCCUACGGUUGGGUCAUCUUGGGCCCACCAUACCUUAAUCCAUUCGAUAGCUUUGACGAGGCUCAGUUUGCCAAGGAGGUCAAUGCAUUGCUCGAGACAAUACUGGAGCAGGGAUUAGUAAAACGUGACAUACUGUGUUACGUCAUGCGAGUUUUUGCUGAACUGGUACAGAGUGCAACAGAAUACUGCCGAGAUAAACCGGCAUUAGCUUGUAUUAUUCGCUAUCAGAUAGCCAAUCAAUUCGGACCGAUUCUAUUUACCGUGACAUGCGAACGAUGCAAAGCCCCCUUAUCUGAUAAAAAUCGUUCGUGUGAGUACUGUAUCACAGUAGCCGGUCUUUUGCAGAAACCGUUCGCCGCAGAUUUAGUGGAUCGCUUAUUGCGUCACUUUAGCACGGAAUUCUGGGACAAAGCGCUAACUGUUACUCAAAGAACAGGAAGUUUUGUACCGAGUGAUCCGGAAAAAACACAUGCCGAUAUUACCGGUUUAUUUUACAAAAAGAAGGCAACAGUAAAAGCAAAAUCGGUACCACCAUUCCCGACUCCGAACUUGCAGAAAAACAGGGGCUUAUCAGCUCCUGCUGCUAACAUACCCGUUCCCACUGGCACUCCACCUCAAACAGCGAACAAAGAAACAACCACACAACGGACAUCCUAUGCAGCAAACGCCCCAGCGCCUCCCGUAGCCGAGCAGUCGUCCAAGGACCAAAGACCGGAAGAAAGGCAAUCAACUCCGACCGUAAACACCUUUACUACAUCGACAGAAACGAGCAGUGUGGAAAACCCCUGGGGACUGUCAACGCUCAAAAGACCGGCCAUCAAGAAACAGAAGAAUAAAGCCAGUCGUCGAAGCACAACAGGCUCCAAAGGGACGCAAGGACGGAGAAGAACUACAACCACAGCCGGAAACCACAAACAACGAUCGACAAUUAAGUCCGUUUCCUCAAGAAGGGCAACCAAUUCCAGAAAGCGAACUGGAUCAAAGGGUCGCUAA